AUGAUGUUCUCACGAUCGCUCCUUGUCGCUAUCAUCGGCGCACCUUUCCUGGCAUUCGCUCAGAGCGGUGACGGCCUUUUCCUUACCACAACCGGUUCUUUCCAGAUUACUGCCGGGAAACCCGUAAACAUUACCUGGAAGGGAAAUGCGGAAGGCCCCAUUACUUUGAUUCYCCGCAGUGGAGAUGCUUCUAACCUCGCUGCGGGGACCGUCAUUGCUUCCGACCUUCCCAACUCUGGCUCUUACAGCUACACUGCACCAGAGACCAUCACUGCGGGUGACGACUACGCUCUGCAGAUCGUAGACAGCUCCGACCCCAGCAACAACAACUACAGCGGAAUGUUCGUCCUGGACAGCCCAAACACCGUUGCAACGAGCACCCCUAYCGUCUCUGUCGCCGCACCCACUGGCUCCAAGCUCCCCAACACUUCCACCCUCACCCCAACGGCCAGCCCAACGUCCUCCACUGCUUCUUCCUCCGGCAGCAGCACCUCCGGAAUGUCGACCUCCGCCUCUUCAAGCUCGAACGCUGCCGCAACCCCUGAGUCGACCACUUCUACUCAAGACGGCGGUGCAGCCCGUGCCACUGCUGUGGGUGCUAUGCUCSGAGCUGUCGCUCUGGCCGCACUCGCGCUUUAA